AUGAGUAGCAAGCGAUCCAACAGCCAUGCAAGCGCUUCGUUCCAGAAUAAUGCCAAAGUUGGCAAAGAUAAGAUAAAACUAGCCACGAGCACUCCGAAAGGACGCAAAAACAACAAAGUUGGCGGCAGAUCCAAUGAAAUAACCGACCGCUUCAUUCCGCAUAUGACAUCCGGCAUAGCUUUUAGAUCUGCCCAAGGACUAAAAAAUCUGAACUUUGAAAGUCGAGAGCUUUCUGAAACUGUGUCGCCGUCCCCAUCUCAUUUGAGCAUGCCUGGGUUUUUUCGCGAUCUCAGAUCUACGCGUCACUACGAUUCUAUAGUCUCGAAUCAAUUGCCAGCCUCGGCCAACAACAACGAGCUAGAAGUAAACGGCUUUCAGAAACUGUACCGUCAAUACGUGGCUGACGCGUUAGGGUUCCAUUCAGAAAAUCGUGUUUACCAAUUUUCAGCCGCCGAAGUCGCGUUCACGAGUAAGUGGACCAGCCCGCACAUGAAAAAUUCAGAAACCUACGCUCCAAACCACUCGUUAGUGGACCCUUUACUCUCGGUCCUGGCUCCUCGCCAGGUUCUGUCUUACCUUGUGUCGCAGACGUUCUCCAAAAGUUUAAGAACAAAAAGUCUCGUUCCUGCGACUCCACGGCCAAAGACCAGGGCCAAAUCCCACGUACCAUAUCGCGUGCUAGAUGCGCCUUCCCUCCGCAAUGAUUUUUACUCCAACUUGAUCUCAUGGUCCUCAAAGACAGGAAAUAUCGUGGUGGGUCUUGGUUGCGCCGUUUACUUAUGGUCUGACGCCAGAGGAGCUGUUAAUGUACUACACUACUCAUAUUUACAGUCCAGAGAUGACUAUGUGACGUGUGUGUCAUUUUCGCCCUUCGAGCGUUACCUUGUAGUGGGUACUAAGCAAGGACGAGUUAUGCUCUUUGAUCAAAUUGAUGACGAAGAACCUGUCUGGGACGAAAACAAACCUAUAUGCGUUGGAGCCGACAAAUCCAUUAUGGGAGUAUGCUGUUUAGACUGGGUCGAAAGAGAUUAUGGGACACAGUUAGCGGUCGGUGGGAACGACAACUCCUGCACCAUAUGGAACAUCACAGAACUGGAAGCUGUAAAGCUUCAGUUCGUUCUCCCGCAUAAGGCUGCCGUGAAGGCAGUGGCUUUCUGCCCUUGGUCAAAAUCGCUUUUAGCUACUGGUGGUGGUAGUAAAGACAGAAACAUAAGAUUUUGGCACACUCACUCUGGAACAUUGUUGAAAGAAAAGAAGGCCCCGGGCCAGAUAACUUCACUUAUAUGGUCGCUUAGGCAAAAACAAAUUGUUGCGACUUUUGGAUUUGGAGAAGUUGAGAAACCGACGUUGGUGUCAGUAUACUCGUACCCGUCCAUGAAUCCAACCGUUGAAGUUCACUCAGCUACUGCGCUUCGCGUGCUGAGCGCCGUUCCUUCGCCGGAUUUUGGCUCAAUAUGUGUGGCCACGAACGACGAGACCGUCAGGUUUUAUGAGCUCUGGAAUAUAAAAGAUUGCACCAUAUUUGAGGCACAAGAGAAAGGCAUCUAUGGGAGCGACCUUAUUGAGUAUACCGAGGGCAUUCAAAAAAACCACGAACUAAUAAGAUAG